GGGAAAGGGCUGUCACUUUAAUUAAAGAGGUCUUAGCAUAUUCUAUUAGGUGCUGUGCAUGGCAGUUUCAGCCAAUCAAGGCUCUUGAGAGUGCUCAUUGGUUGGGCUGUGGGGGAUGUCUGGCUUCCAUCGGUAGUGGGUUACUCUCUCCGCUCCAUCCGUCCAUUCAGCCCCCGCAGUCAGCAAAACACACGUCAGAGCGCAGGUCCACAGCGAGCAAAUCCUGCAGAGCCCUGUGUACAGUAUGUGUGUGUGUCAGAGCGUCCAUAGGAGAAAGAGAGUGAGAGAGACAGUGUAGACUGGCUGCUUCUAAACCACUGCAGGAGGACUACAUCUGGGACUGUCACAGAUAAAAAGAGAGAGAGAAGUAAUUCUAGGAUAAACGUUUAUUUAACAGCACAGUUAUGGGGACUUCUCUCUGCUGUCCAACAAUGGAUCAAACUAAAAGCAAAUGACAGAAAAGUCAGUCACUGUAUACGCUUUAAUCUUCUGGUGGAAGAAGGAGAUUAAAUUGUCAGUUUGCUCUCAGAAGGUGAAGACUUGGAUUGGAUUUUUUUUUUUUUUCAUCUUCUUUCUUUUCCUUUUUUCUUCUCUGUUUAAAUUGAUUGCUGUGCUUUCUGGCUCCUCACCCUUCACGCUGUGUCUUCACAAGUCUUCACCUCUCUCAAAUCCUUCCUUUCCUUCCCAACAUCUUCUCUGCAUGCUUUUCCACUGCUCUGCAGGUGAACAAACUCAUGGUGGAUGCCAAGGGAAGGAAAAUGAAAUGUCUGACGUUCUUGUUGAUGCUUCCAGAGUCAGUUAAGAGCAAGUCCAGCAAAGGCUCCAAAAAGGGGAGUCCCAGCAGCUCUUCCAAACUGCCCCCUGUCUGCUAUGAGAUCAUCACCUUAAAAACCAAAAAGAAGAAGAAGAUGGCCGCAGAGAUUUUCGCCUCCAAGAAGCCGGCAUCAGCCACCACAGUGCAGCAGUACCAGCAGCAGAACUUGAACAACAACAACACCAUCCAAUGCUGCAACUGGCAGGGUCUCUACUCCACCAUUAGAGAGAGAAAUUCUGUGAUGUUCAAUAAUGAACUGAUGGCUGAUGUUCAUUUUGUUGUGGGCCAGUCAGGAGGGACUCAGAAGCUCCCAGGACACAAGUAUGUCCUCGCUGUGGGAAGCUCUGUUUUUCAUGCCAUGUUCUACGGAGAGUUAGCCGAAGACAAGGAUGAGAUCUGUAUCCCUGAUGUGGAUCCUCCAGCCUUUCUGGCUAUGCUAAAGUACAUUUACUGUGAUGAAAUUGACUUAAGUGCCGACACUGUGCUGGCGACAUUAUAUGCAGCCAAGAAGUACAUAGUACCGCACCUGGCUCGGGCCUGUGUCAACUUCUUGGAGACGAGUCUUAGUGCCAAGAACGCAUGCAUUCUUCUAUCUCAGAGCUGUCUGUUUGAAGAGCCAGACCUAACACAACGCUGUUGGGAAGUCAUUGACGCUCAGGCUGAGCUGGCACUUAAAUCCGAGGGCUUUUGUGACAUUGACGCUCAGACCUUGGAGAGCAUACUCAAGCGGGAGACCUUAAACGCCAAGGAGAUUGUAGUGUUUGAAGCGGCACUGAGCUGGGCAGAGGCUGAAUGUCAGCGUAGAGAGAUGAACACAACAUUUGACAACAAACGCAAAGUACUGGGCCAGGCCGUUUACCUGAUCCGAAUCCCCACCAUGGGUCUUGAUGAUUUUGCAAAUGGUGCGGCACAGUCAGGAGUGUUGACGCUGAAUGAAACCAAUGAUAUUUUCUUAUGGUACACGGCGGCCAAGAAACCCGAGCUACAGUUCGCCAGCCAACCUCGAAAGGGACUGACUCCGCAGAAGUGCCACCGAUUCCAGUCUUGCGCCUACCGCAGCAACCAGUGGCGUUACCGCGGACGCUGUGACAGUAUUCAGUUUGCAGUCGAUAAGCGAGUGUUUAUUGCUGGUUUCGGGCUCUACGGCUCGAGCUGCGGAUCUGCAGAGUACACCGCCAAGAUCGAGCUGAAACGGCAGAGAGUUGUGCUGGGAACCAACCUCAGUAAGUACUUUUCAGAUGGUUCCAGCAACACCUUCCCUGUUUGGUUCGAGUAUCCGGUUCAGAUAGAGCCUGACACUUUUUACACGGCCAGUGUGGUUCUCGAUGGUAAUGAACUAAGUUAUUUCGGACAGGAGGGUAUGACGGAAGUUCAGUGUGGGAAGGUGACCUUCCAGUUUCAGUGCUCCUCGGACAGUACCAAUGGCACAGGUGUACAAGGAGGACAGAUUCCAGAGCUCAUCUUCUAUGCCUGAGUUUCCACUUGCAAGACAAAAGACCAGUGUGAAAUUUGAAUAGCUUUACAUUGCUUACAAUAUCUUACUUUUUUUACUACAUGGCAAAAUUUCCUCCAGUGUUGUCAUUCCAAACUGAAACGUAACAGGUAUUUCAUGAGUUUUAUUUUAAGCUUAUAGUGGGUUUUGGGGGUCUGACAAACCAUGAAGGGUUUCACUGUAAUUUCUCCAGGUAUUAAAAGCUGUAUUUAAAUAUUUUAUAUUGUACUCUACAUAAAGCUGUACCAGUUUACAAGGGAAAAUUUUCUCAUUUCAAUAGGCUAUUGUGCUUUAUCUUAAAAUUAUUUUUUAUUUAAAAUAUUAUUAUUAUUAUUAUUAUUUAUUUUAUUUUAUUUUAUUUUUUUUAAUUUAAUUUGAGAGGGGACAUUGAAAAGAAAACAAACCCAUGAGCACUGGAUAUAAUGUUAUACAUGUACAGUAUAUAUUUAAAUGUGUUAACUAUUAUAUGUGUAGAUAUACUAUAUUACCACUCCAUGGCUAUAUCAGCUGUUUUCAUUGACUAUGCCAUGUUAGUGAAUGCUUGCACAUGUAUAUUGUAGCAAUAGUGAACAAAAUAUUCAAACUCAAGAUAAAUGUCUAACCCCAAUAUAUCUUCGCAUUAAACUUCAAGGCAAUCAAUAUACCUAACACCAAAGUUACCGUCACCAUCCCUACAUCAGGCCUUUUAUAGGUAACUACCUUUAAUUAAUAAAUAUCAUUUGCAAGCACAGAACAUCUUAAACAGACUUUUUAUUCAUCUUUUAAAGUAAUCAAAUCAUUAGGAUAGUCACACUGAAAAAUCGAAACUAUAAAACAUUUUGAUCAUAAACAUACGUGGUGUUUACACUUAAAUAAACUCCACAAUGGAGUCUAAUGUACAGUGAACUGCCUCAUAUUGUAUUAUAUUCAGCAUAAAUAGCAUCAUAAAUAUUUAUCUAGCUAUUAAUACACAGUUUUCCGAGUUCUAUAAAAAAAUAUUUAUUUAUUUAAUCCUACUCACCAUCAGUAUGUUUUUGCAGUAAGUAUUGCAUUCUCUUUCACUUCAGUUUUGUAAAAUGCACUAAAAAUGCACUGAACAAAUGCAUAAGCAAUGUUUCUUUCAGCUGAAAUAACAGGUUACAUAUUCAUAGGAGCCACAGAAUGUGACGUUUUGGGAUAUUGUGUUAUAAUUUCCACCUCUGUAAGUGCUGCAUUCAUGGCUAAUUAGCAACAUAAUUAGCUGUCACACAACAAACCCGUCUACACACUACUAAAUGGGAUGUUGUCAACUAGCAUUAUAUCAUGUAUUUUUUAAGACAAGUUAUCAUGCAUUUUAUUUGUCUGCUCUGGGCUGUAAUUACCAACAUUGUUGACUUUUUUUCUCUUUUCAUUAAGAUGUCAAAAGCAAGAAUGCAGAAAGUUAAUUCUAUUCCCUGCAGAACUUUAGUCACAUACAUACAUUAGCAAUGAACAGAAAACAAAUAAUUCCUCUUUAAACUGGUAAAGAAAUGACAUCUCACAUUUUUUUUUUUUUUCAAAAACAGAAUAACAUUAUUGUCCUAUCAUUUUAAUUUUAGAUUUUUGCAUAAUUCUGCCCUGUCUGACAGCAAAAUAAUUAUCUUGUACCAUUGCCGUCUACUGAAAUCGUCCUGGUUACUUGCGUAACCUCCCUUCCCUGAUGGAGGGAAUGAGACGUUGUGUCGAUGUAGUGACACUAGGGGUCACUCUUGGGAGCCCGAGACACCUCUGGUCUUUGAUAAAAGGCCAAUGAAAAUUGGCGAGUGGUAUUUGCAUACCACUCCCCCAGACAUACAGGUAGAAAAGGAGCUGGUAUGCAACCACUCAUUCAGGUUUUAUGCUGAGGAGCCGAGACAAGGUCCCGGCCAUUUCAGCGGGUAGUUCAGCAUUGUGGCAGGAGGGACACAACGUCUUGUUCCCUCCAUCAGGGAACGGAGGUUACGCAAGUAACCAGGAUGUUCCCUAUCUGUCACUCACUCGAAAUUGUGUCGAUGUAAUGACACUAGGUGUCCAUAUACAAAACGCCGCAAUUGGCUGAACUGUGUUACGUGAACUGGCGGUGUGUGACGGGCAGACUGCUGUGUGCCUUGUAGCCAGCACACCAGGCCGACACGUAACCUCCCCAACACUGUUAUGAGUGUCGAACGACCCUUUGGGACAAGUCGACUACCUAAAAGAUAGAGAUGGGCUAGCCCAGUCGUGUCCUCUUAUCCCCUUUUUUUCCACUCCCCCAAAAAAAAGGGGGAUUAACAGACUGGGCCAACCAGGUCUAGUCGGGGGGGGGGGGGUGUCCCUCCCAAAGGAAGGACACCACGGAGACCACACCCCACCCAGAGAGAGGGGGGAUUAUUUAAGUGGAAAUAUGUCACAAGGUCUUGCCAAGCUAUGUUGGAAGUAUGCCAUGUGGAGAAGUCCCAUGGUAGGUCCUACCCUAUGGGGGAGGAGUUACUACAAGCAUGGAAACUGGGACUGCCCAAGGAAGACGCAGUUUGCCAACAGGGAAACGAAUUAGCAGAAGAUAUAUGUCGCAUGGGGUUACCUAUGGGGAACUGCCACAUGCAGAGCACCUACCCCAGUACAGGGCUUUAGUUAGCAAGUGUACUGGGCCGGCAGCGAGUCUCUCCAAAAACUCAUCUGCCACAGGGCUCAGAAGAAAUCAACCAGGGAACACAGUUUGUGAACACUACUGGGAGUUAAUGGUGCACAUCUUCAGCUCAGGGGAGGUGAAAGGCACUAUGCGCAAGCGAUACACCCGGCCGGCUGUCUUGGACUUACCUGCUUGUGCAUGCCACUACACGGGACGAAACUGGUUCCAUCCGGAGGUUGUAGAACCUCGCAAAUGUGUUGGGUGUUGCCCAGCCUGCAGCUCUGCAAAUGUCUGUUAGUGAGGCGCCCCUGGUCAAGGCCCAGGAGGCUGCUACACCCCUGGUAGAAUGGGCUCGUAGCCCUACCGGGGGCGGCACGUCCUGGGCAUGAUAUGCCAUAGUUAUGGCAUCAAUGAGCCAGUGGGCGAUCCUCUGCUUGGAGACAGCACUUCCUUUCUGCUGUCCACCAAAGUAGACAAAGAGCUGCUCAGAGACUCUAAAGCCCUGUGUGCGAUCCAAAUAGAUGCGUAAAGUGUGCACUGGACACAGCAAUGUCAGGGCUGGGUCUGCCUCCUCCUGGGGCAGCGCUUGCAGGUUCAUCACCUGGUCCCUAAAAGGGGUUGUGGGAACCUUGGGCACAUAGCCUGGUCGGGGUCAUAGGAUCACGUGAGAGUAGCCCGGACCGAACUCCAGGCACGUUUCGCUGACAGAGAAAGCUUGCAGGUCUCCUACCCUCUUGAUGGAAGUGAGCGCAGUCAGGAGGGCAGUCUUCAAGGAGAGUGCCUUAAGCUCAGCUGACUGCAAAGGCUCAAAGGGCGCUCUCUGUGGACCCUGAAGAACUACAGAGAGGUCCCAUGAGGGAACAAGGCGCGGUCUGAAGGGAUUCAGCCUCCUGGUGCCUCUCAGGAACCUGAAGAUCAGGUUUUGCUUCCAUAAGGACUUGCUGUCCACUGUGUCAUGGUGUGCCACUAUAGCGACUACAUACACCUUCAAGGUGGAAGGGGACAUCUGCCUUUCCAACCUCUCCUGCAGGAAGGAAAGCACUGAUCCGACUGCAUAUCUCUGGGGGUCUUCCCGUCAGGAAGAACACCACUUAGCGAACAGACGCCACUUAAAGACAUACAGGCGCCUCGUAGAGGGGGCCCUAGCCUGAGUGAUCGUGUCUACCACCAUGGGUCACUGGGGGGGGCUGUCAUGAGGAGUGUGAGGUCCGAGAACCACUCGCCAAUUUUCAUUGGCCUUUUUAUCAAAGACCAGAGGUGUCUCGGGCUCCCAAGAGUGACCCCUAGUGUCACUACAUCGACACAACAUCGAGUGAGUGACAGAUAGGGAACUUCCAUAAACUUAUCCGAACACCAUGGGUUAUACAAACCACAUUGUUAGCUGUCUCUAACAAUGUGUACUUUAAAAUGUGCUUAAACAUCAAUGUUUCUACAUGCAAAUCAUGAAAAAUGGUAAACUUAUGGAUUCUUUGUGUGCUGAGAUUUUGUUAACAUGUCUUUUUUUAUUUACAAGUGAAUUUACUCAUCACAUGAGCUUUUUUAAUUAUUGUGCACUAAUUAGAAGAGGUUAUUGAUGGAGCUUCUUAUUUGUAAAUAAUGAACACUUCUGUGAAUGUGUAAAAAGUGUGUUACAGUGUGGAGAGACUUAUGAAUGUGUAUGAUAGUUGAACAUGCAAAUAAACUGA